GUUUGUGCCUGGGAAGGGAGAUGGCUGAUCGGACGACAGUCCGACAGUCGAAUAAAGACUUUUGAGAAGGAAAUAUCAUACGACUCGAGUUCUUCGCCCUUUAUCCAUUACAUGAUGAUUUUUUUCAUGUAUUAGUAAAAUAUUGAUAGUUAUGAUAUAUGUAGUAGAUAGUUGCUAAGAAACUAAUGAUGUAUUUAUCAAUGGCGCGUGAAGAAUGGUUGAGACUCAUUCAGACUGCUACGAAAACUGCAAUUAUCCAAGAUGGAAAAAGAAAAGUCCAUUUUUUAAUGGAAGAUGGCAGAGAAAUGGUAGAAGAGUAUCUUUUGGAAACAAAUGUUUUAGUAAAGAGAGCAUGGAAGGAAAAAGGUACACUUGGACAAGAUGUAGGUUGGAAAGUAGAAAUUGGAAAUCCAGAACCUAGACAAAAUAAUAUUGAAGUAUAUGGAAUUGAAGAAAGUUCAAGUACUCCAUUUAUUACAAGAAGAAGUACAAAAGUUUCACUAGAAUGGCGCAUAAGAAAUUUACCAUAUCCACAGAAUGUAUAUAGUGUGACAGCGGAAGAUGACAACACAAUAACUGUUCGUACAACUAACAAAAAGUACUUUAAGAAGAUAAUAGUACCAGAUUUGGAACGUGUUGGAUUGAAAGUAGAACAGGACAGGAUAUCUUUUAUACAUCAAUUUAAUACAUUGAUUAUUACGUACAAAAAACCGCCCGCGCUUUUGGAAUUGGAAAGAAAGGUAUUGGCUGAAAUAUUACAAUUGAAAGUAAGAAAAGAUGGCGACGUACAGUGUCCAAUAAGCUAAUAAAAAUUUUCCUUU